AUGGUGUUACCAUCUUCUGGCAGCAAGUUCUCUACACACCAGGCCUUGCGUCUUGGCAAGGCCGCUGGCGCGCUUGCUUCAGCAGGCACGAGCUGGGCCAACCUGGGAGGCUUCGUUGGCCAGGCCAUAGCUGGAAGCCUUCUCGACGAUGGCAACUCAACAACCGCGAUGGCUACGGCAGCCGGGGGCUGGGCUGGAGGCUUGGCAGGAAGUGGAGUUGCAGCUGCUGCUGCCUCCAGCCUAGGCAUUGAGGCCCUGGGUGCCGGCUCUGUGGCUGGAGGCUUGGUGGUGUGCGGCUCUCUCAGCGCUGUGGGCGCGGUGGCCGGCGCGGGCCUGGCCUUCGCCGUGAAGCGUAUCUUGGUGGCCGACAAGGGUGCGCAGCCCGACCGGAGCGCCGAAUACUUUGACUGUCCUCUACGUCUUCUCGGCAGCGCAGAUGAUGUCUUUCACCUUUUCGGCGCAAGCCUCGAGUUCCCUCCAGAAGACGGAGUCCUCACAAACGGCGAGACCGAAGAGACGCCACGCUUGGCCGCCGCAGGGUGGUAUGCAGUGAGAGUGUCAGGGCCAUUGCCGGCAGACUGA